AUCCCAUCUCCAAGGUCCUGCCAACCGAAUGGAGCCAGUGAAGAAGCCCUGCGGCAUGAAAUCCAAGAGCUGAAGCAGAAGGACCUUGCUCUAGACCAGGAAAUCGCACAAUUAUUGGCCGAGGGCUACAGCCUGGAGGAACUGGAGAAGCACAUCUCCCUGCUCCAUGAGUAUAACGAUAUUAAAGAUGCUGGGCAGAUGCUGCUGGGCAAGCUGGCUGUUAUCCGAGGGGUUACGACCAAGCAGCUCUACCCCGAAUACGACCUGGAGCUUAGCGACUAG